AAGAGCGGGAGGCGGGAGCCGCCCGCGCAGGGUCCUCCCCACUCCGCACCCCACCCGCUCCGCCGCCCGGAAGUCGCUCCCCGCCUCCUGCUCCGCCAACAUGGCCGCGAAGUCGGAUGGAGCGGCGGCCGCGGCCGGCCCGGGGCCCGAGGGGCCGGCGGGAGCAGCCCGGGGCGGGGCAGGAGGGCGCGGGGAGGUAGCGGCGGAGAUCGCGGGCCCGGGCCCGGCGGCGGCGGGGGGCCCGGGGCCGCGCUACGAGCUGCGGGACUGCUGCUGGGUGCUGUGCGCGCUGCUCGUGUUCUUCUCCGACGGCGCCACCGACCUGUGGCUGGCGGCCUCCUACUACCUGCAGGGUCAGAACACCUACUUCGGCCUCACCUUGCUCUUCGUGCUUCUGCCCUCGCUGGUGGUGCAGCUUCUCAGCUUCCGCUGGUUCGUCUACGACUACUCGGAGCCCGCGGGGACCCCGGGACCCGCCGUCAGCACCAAGGACAGCGACACCGGCGGAGCCGCCAUCAGCACCAAGGACAGCGCUGUCGCCUUCAGGACCAAAGAAGGCAGCCCGGAGCUGGUCCCCCGGCCCGUGCAGUCCUCGGCCAGCACCUACCGCCGCCGCUGCUGCCGCCUCUGCGUCUGGCUGUUGCAGACCCUCGUUCACCUCCUGCAGCUCGGCCAGGUCUGGAGGUACCUGCGCGCCCUGUACCUGGGGCUACAGAGCCGCUGGCGCGGGGAGCGGCUGCGGCGCCACUUCUACUGGCGGAUGCUGUUCGAGAGCGCGGAUGUGAGCAUGCUGCGUCUGCUGGAGACCUUCCUGCGCAGCGCGCCGCAGCUGGUGCUGCAGCUCAGCCUGCUGGUCUACCACAGCCGACAGCCAGACCUGCUGACUGCCCUCUCCAUCUCUGCCUCCCUUGUGUCCUUGGCCUGGACACUGGCAUCCUACCAGAAGGUGCUGAGAGACUCAAGAGAUGACAAGCGGCCCCUGUCCUACAAGGGUGCUGUAGCCCAAGUACUGUGGCACCUGUUCACCAUUGCAGCCCGAACCCUGGCUUUCGCCCUCUUUGCCAGCGUCUACAAGCUCUACUUCGGCAUUUUCAUCGUAGCCCACUGGUGCAUCAUGACCUUCUGGGUUAUCCAGGGUGAGACAGACUUCUGCAUGUCCAAGUGGGAAGAGAUCAUCUACAAUAUGGUGGUGGGGAUCAUCUACAUCUUCUGCUGGUUCAACGUCAAGGAGGGCCGCAGCCGCCGCCGAGUGACCCUCUACUAUUGCAUCGUGCUGCUGGAGAACGCAGCACUCACUGGCUUCUGGUACUCCAGCCAGAACUUCUCUACUGACUUCUACUCACUCAUCCUGGUCUGCGUGGUCGCCUCCAGCUUUGCCCUGGGCAUAUUCUUUAUGUGUGUCUAUUACUGUCUCCUGCACCCCAAUGGGCCCAUGCUGAGGCCCCAGGCACCUGGCUGCAUCUUCCCUGAAGCCCCAGGGCCCUGUGCCCCUCCGGCUGACGCCAUCACAAGUCCACCAAGAUCUCUGCCAAGGACUACAGGCACUGAGCGGGACGGGGCCUCAGUGGGAGGUGAGCGAGCUGGGACUCCUACGCCACCUGUCUUCCAGGUACGACCCGGUUUGCCUCCCACGCCAGUGGCUCGCCCCUUGCGGACAGAGAGGCCUGUCAUUCGGAUUGACUUGCCUCGGAAAAAGUACCCAGCAUGGGAUGCUCAUUUUAUUGACCGCCGGCUCCGGAAGACCAUUCUGGCUUUGGAGUAUUCUUCACCUGCCACGCCCAGGUUGCAGUACCGGAGCAUGGGCACCUCCCAGGAGCUGCUGGAGUAUGAGACCACAGUGUAGGCAUGGUCUGCCUCCCAAAAGGGACAGGCUUGGCUGAUCCCACAUUGACCACAGUGUUGAGUCUGGAUGUCAGGGCCACCGGGCUAAGUGGGAGUAGAUCUUUGGAUCCAAGAAUGGCCCCACCAUGGGGUUCCCUUAGGGGAGAGGGCAGCCCUGUGGAGGCCCGAGGCCUCAUUUUUAGCCCUGCGGCUCAUUCCCUAAGUUCCCCUGGACCAGGGCACAGGGUGUCAACUGGUGCUACUCCCUCAUAAACUGCCCCACUCUCAUGGGGAUGCCAUAUUAUGCUUGGCACAAGGGUCUUCACCUUUUCCCCUGCCUAGAAUCAUCCCACAUCACCCCUGGCGGGCCUACCAGAGAAAAGGCACUGUAUGAGGUCCAAGGCAUCCCUCAGGGAGUGUGGGGAAGGGCUGCCUUGUGGCAGGUGGGGAUCCCUGGGAGAAGGAUGGAAAAGGCUGUGGGGGAUGUGGGAUAAAUUGGGGGGAAAUCUCUGGACAGAAUCGCCACAGUUCCUGUAAGAAGGGGAACUGGACAGGUGGAGAAUUAGAUCAGGCAGUUGGGAGGGAACCUGGGGAUCUGACAGUGCAGACAUUAGCAGGAUAAAGAACCCUCAAGAGUGAGGGCUGACAGCAGUAUGAAGGGAUACAAGUGUGGGGUGGGGUGCCUUGGCUUGGGAGGUGCAUUUGGUUGGGAGCUCUGUUCCGGAUGAGUUCUAGACCCCUCAGAUGAGAGGUCACAAGGGACUGUUUGUUCUAGAGGUGCAUCUGAGAUGUUCCCUGUAGAGAAAGGUCUUAAGCACAGCAGAUAAGAUGUCUGGGAUGGUACUCUGUCUGGCUCCAGCAUACUGAGAGAGGACCUGUUGGGGAGAUAUCUUAGUCUAGAAUACCUCUCGACAACAUGUCCUAGGGAGCUGCUGAUCUUUUAUAAGGAUCAAGGACUCUAGAGCCCUGCUGCUCUGAUGUGGACGAUUCUAGUUUCUGCCAUGGAAGGUGGGGGAGGGGGUAUGGAAGCGUGGACCACAUGGGUGCUCUAGUUCUAGGCUGCCAGAGUUUAUGCGAGUUCUAGAUCCCCUUCCAUGUCCCCAGCCCUAUCUUCUCUAAAAGGAAAUGUCCUCAGAACCCCCGAGAUGUUUCUGCUGCCAAGUGGUUCUCAGCUGGAAAAAAAAAUAGCUCUGGGGACGUGACAUAAACCUUGGCGUCCUGCCACCUUGCAGCUGAGGUUCUCUGGGACAGCAUCUGGGAAAGUUGAGACUUGUUUUGUCUCAAAUCUGAGGCUCCAGGCCUGUGACCCAUUCCUAUGGUCCAGACAUCCUGGGUUGCAUCAGGGACCAUCGUCCUGGGAUGUGCACCUGGCCUGGGACAGCCCAUCUUGACCGGGGCACAUUAUGGGCAGGAUUAUGGAUCCGGGGGGCUGGGCAGCUCUGUGAAGCAGAAGGUGGAGCUUUAGGCAGGGUCUAGAGCCUCUUGUCACUCCUUAUGCCAACUGAGGUGACUCACUGGAAGGGGACAAGCCAGGGACUUGGGGGACAAGAGCAGAUUGGGCUGGAAGUGUGGGGGCCAUAAGAAUCCUAGACUAUGCAAAUAAGAAGAUUGUUUAGCCCUCCCUGGCUCAGCCUCCCUUGGAGUUACAGAUAGAAAACUGAGGCCUAGAGUAACUGCUGCUCUUGCAAGGUCUUAGACUCCUGACUGUCCCAUCAGUGGUGAUGUGGCAAUGAUUGAUUUGCUGAGGAGGCUGGGAGGGAGCUACACUCAGGGUGAGGCUGAGAGGACACACUGUGUGUAUGCACACACGAGCACACAUCAUACCCAGGAUACGAGCCACCCUGCCUGGCACCACGGGUAGCUGUAUUCAUUCUGCUGGUACAGAAUGCCUUUCCCUCCCUCUGCUUCACUGACCCCCAAGAGGCCUCCAGAGAGACAGAUCGCUCCAUCCUGCUCCAGGCCUGAUCAUUCUCUUUUCCCUCUACCCUGAGCUAGCUUUGGGGAUUAGUUCCACGGCCAGCUAUCCACCUGUUACCAUCUCUGUAAGAUGGGGCAUUGAGAACGGGCCCCAAGCCCAAGCAGCCUUAUUCUGCAGGAGUCAUAGUGCCGGGAAUUGUCACUCCAUUGUUUCCCCUGUGUGUGGCACCCUUCCAAGAGCUGUACCUCCAUCCCACACAUCAGAAUGGUGACAUCUGGGCUACCCUUGGCAAGUUAUUUUAACCACCACCACCACCACGCCAAGGUCCUAGAAUGGCCCUGUGGAUGCCCCAUUCUCCAGCAGCCUAGAAGGAAAGGUUUUAGAACCCUUAGUUGGUUGCUGCCGGAGGUCAGGGCAGGCAGGGAAGCAGGAUAAGCAGAGGCAGGCAUGGUCUGAGGCUGCAGGGAAGCCACAGCAGGCAGGGAAGCAGGAUAAGCAGAGGCAGGCAUGGUCUGAGGCUGCAGGGAAGCCACGACCACAUUUUUCAUCCUGAUCUCACAGAGCUUUCCCUCAGACCCCUGCCUGCAAGGAGAUUUGAGCACCAGGAAAGGUCAUGGUCAGAAGGCCCUCACCCUUCUCUGGACAGAGCCCAUCUCCCCCAAAUAUUAGUCCCCCUCCCCCUAGCUCAGGACCCCAUCCUUCCUGGCCUGAGGCCUCUCUCAUUACUGGCCUGUGUUUUUGCUUCACUAGGACAGAAGAAUCAGAAUGGGAAAAGGCCCCAUCUUCUUGGAGCUGGUUUAUUUUAUUUUAUUUUAUUGUUUGGUUUCUUUCUGUGACACAAUCUACCUCAGCCGGUCUUUUUCCCCUGCCACAACUGGACCCCUGGGGUCCUCCACUCCUGUCCACAGACCAUUAACCGAGUCUGGAUUCUUAGUUCUUCCCAGGAUCCCUGUAAGGUUCCUCCAGGGAGAAAGGACUUUGGUACCAUAGCCUUGAAGGAAGGGUCCCCAAAGUCACCUGUCUUUCAUAUCCAUUAUAUAGAAGAAGCAGAGAGGGCCACACGUUUGCCCAAAGUCACACAGCAAGUUAAUGGAACCACAGGGUCUUCCUGGGCACCAGUAAAAGUUAGCUCUGUUCUAACUUCUUCAGGAGCAGCAGGUAACAGGACAUCUUGGGGACAGAAAAGCCAGGCCUUCCCUUCCUAAUGUAGAACCCUGCCUCCUGUUCCGUGAGCUUCCACCCUCAAAUCAACUCCAGCCACUGCCUGUGCUCCUCAAACCUCCCCAGGCACCAUGAACUGUACCUCCGCUCACCAAUGUACCACGUGCCUUGUAAUGGUCACCCCAGCCAACAGCACAGGCCUCCACCCUCCCCUGCGGGGACUGUCUAAAAAUAUGGGCUUGGUCCCUUCCUCUCAUCUCCCCCAAAUCUGCCUUACUCUCAGCUGGACCCCUCUUGUACCUGAAGUGUGUCACCCCGAGAGUUGGAGAAGCAGAGGCCCGGGAGGACAAGGCUGAGGAUGUGCAGGUUUCCGGAUGAGAACAUGGCGGGCUUGGGACCAUCAUCCCCAAACACUCCCUAGAGACUGAGGUUCUACAAGCCCUUGCACCACAGCCUGCCUGGGGCUGGAGUCUACGAAGCCUGACAGUGGGAGGAAGGUUCUCUGAGGCAGGGUGCAUGGGUAUAAACUCAGAUACCCCCAGGAAAGUGGGGUGAGUGGAGGUUCAAGAAAGCAGAACUGUGGGGAUGGGCAGAAGGAGGGUGUUCUGAACCAAUGAACAAUGAGGUUUAGGCUUUGGAAAACAACCUACUGGGCACCAGUCUGAAGCUUCUAAUGCAUCAACCCCUCCAGGGUUGUUGGGAGCCUCUGGAACUUGGCUUGGUCUAACCCUAAAUCUCACCCUGGUUGUCUGGAAGACUCCAGGUCCCUGGUCGUUCCCAACAUCUGAUAAGGGGUCCCUUAUGUGCUUCAGGAGGUUGCUUAGGCCCCGAAGUCUUUUCUAGUUUGGGGGCUCCUGAUUCAGAGGGACUCUCUAGGUAGAGGGAGAGUUUAGGCACAGGUCGCUAACUGAGCACCAGGAACCCUGACCCCAUCCCAUGCUGCUGCACAGCUCUUUGGCAUCUGCUUCCUUCAUAGACUGAGCCUGGGUGAGGCUGAAGGAGCGGAGCUGAAAUCUAUAGGCAAGUGCUUUGUGGUGUUGUGAGGGAAGGGACUGGCUGAGUACCAAUCCCCAGAGGGAGCACUGUAGGGGUCUGAGUCCCCCUUCUAGUCAAGGACACUUCUGAGGCCCUGGGCUUAGGGAAACAUGUGUGCCAUUCUGGGUUGGGACACUGAGUUCUUGGUUGCUGCAAGUAGAUGCAAGAAGAACUGAAUCAGGACACUGCCGGGGACAGGGCAAGGAGGGUCCACUCCAACCAGGUCUGACUCCUGCAGGCAGAAUCCCCAGGGCACAGUGUUCCCGUGCUCAGCCCCUACCACUGUAACCUCAUUCCGAGGCCACCUCCUCCCUCCUCAGCAUCUCUGGCCUUUAUUCUAUGCACAACUCUUUAUGAGUCCCCCGGCCAGGCUGGAUGGUGGGAGCUCAGGAUAUCUGCAAUAAUCUCAUAGUGGAUGGGGUCUCGGGACAAAGAGAGAGCGAGGGGAGCCACAGGAGGGAGGGGGUAUUACUCCCUCCCUCACCAAGUAUCAGAAUCCAGUCAGACCUAAUAGGACUCUCUCUCCCUGCCCUCCUUCUGUCUGGUUUCCGAACCAUAAGAGGGGUCCCCAGAGCCCUCAGGAUUCCCCGAGGAUGUUAUGGCUUGAGAAGUAGUUUUGGUUUUCCUCCCAAAAAGAGCCAACUUAAUAAAGCAUUGGUUUCGCGACCUUAGACUAAAGCUGAGCAGAUAGCAGAUACAUCCUAGUGAGGACUUGUGUCAGCUUCCAGGACUCAAGUGUGAAGGACUUUUGCAUUCUAUAUUGGAUGGCAUAAUGCAGAAUCCUCAGAAAUACUCAUGGAUAUCAGGGCCUGCCUCUGCAGACCCUUGGGUGGGGCCUGGGACCUCCACGUUGGGCAUCAGUGGUUUAAUUUUCCAGUUACUUUGUAGUUUACAGAUGGGGCAGGCCCAGAGAUGGGAGGCAACUUGCCCAAGCUCACACAGCAAGCUGGUGGUAAGCUGGGACUAGAGCCAAGGUCCCUUGGGAGAGGGAUCCCACCAGAAUACCUUCACCUCUGAUAUCCCAACAUGUCCACAGGAACCACUAGCCAUGCCUAAGGGCCCAAUUUCCCUGUCAGCACAACUCCAGGUGACUUCCCCCAUGUUCUCACUCCCCUCUGUGGUCAGCCCCAACUUCUGCCCGCUUCUUAGCGUAUUCCCAGGCCCACUUCCUGGUAUUUACUACACCUGUGCCAUUCCCAGCCCCCCAGCCCAACUAGCCCUUUCAAGCUUUCCCUGGGCAGGGGAGGGGGCCCAAGCUGGGGCUUCUGUACUGAGACUUUUGUACACCACAAACUUUUUGUAUAUUUUUAAUUUUGCUGCAACAUGAGAUAUUAAAAGUCAUUUCAGUACAUUC